CCGCCGGGCCAUUCGGACACUUCGCCCUCCCUCCUUCCUGACACUUGGACAGCCUGCCAAGCUGCUGGACGGAGGGACCAAGCUUUAGGAGGAGCAGAUGGAACGGGAAACUGUUGGUGGCUAAACUUUUUCAUUUUAUUUCUCCCCCCCCCCCCCACCAGCCUCUUUCCCUGCUGCUGCAGCUCCAGAGCCAGAGAGCAGCAUGUCUUCCGACGAAGCCUCCGUGUUGCAGCCCUUCAAGCUGAUUGCCCUGUUCUGCAUCUCCAUCGCUCUGUCCUUAGACGUGGUGGCCCUCCUGAGUCCGGCCUGGGUCACCUCGGACCGCUACUCUCUGUCCCUCUGGGAGGCCUGCAAACAGUCCACAGAUGUGUGGCACUGCCUGUCCACCUUAAAGACAGACUGGCAAGUGGCCACUCUGGUGUUGAUCCUGGCGGCAUCCACCAUCACCCUGCUGGCAUUCCUCAUCUCCUUAAUCUCGUUCUGCUCCGGGACUUACAGGCGCUAUUAUCGCGUUGUUGCCGUCUUCCUCUUUGGUGCUGUAGUCCUGCAGGUCUGCGCCUUAAUCCUCUACCCGAUCAAAUUCAUCGACAGCAGCAUGCUGAAAUCCUACCAUGAGUUCAACUGGGGCUACGGCCUGGGCUGGGGAUCGGCUAUUUUCAUGCUCGGUGGUGCCAUUCUUUACUGCUUGCGCACAGACAUUUAUGAGGACGCCUAUUACUAGCAGAGCCUUUGGCCGGAGUGAACGAGUGUGGGUUCCUGGACUGUAACGGGAAUGAUGGGGGGAAGUGGAGGGCAGAAAGGCGAUUUCCUGGGUGGCCUUGUGGGCAGGUAAUGUGCCUACCAACUCUGUCUUAUUGGAUAAUAAUAAUAAUAAUAAUG